AUGGCUGAUUCUGGUGAGGAGCAUGCCUCGAAGAGGCGGCGGGUAGACGGUGAGAAGGUAGAUCUGACGAAACGCGAUGAGCAGCGGUCAUCUCUGCCUGCGAGUAGCGGUUCACAGACCGCCGCCUCGACAGGGUGGCUGUGGCGGUGCCAGCCUUUCUAUCUCAACGCGAUAGUCGACUAUGGGCGUGCAGGCGGUGCGAAUGAGGGGUGUCUGAGCAUCCGGGACAUCAUCGAAGGCGAAUCGGGGCAAGUGCAGGAGGUAAGUGAGCAUGACCGCCAUGGUGUGUGUGUAUGGUGCUCCCACACGAACUCUCUCUGUGUGUGUGUCUGUGUUGGGUUCUGAUGCAGUUGUUGCUGGCCAACUUCAUGAUUGACCUCGACUGGAUGGUCUCAGAGUGCCCCGUGAUGCGGAAGAUGCAGCGCAUCACAAUACUCACUGGCGAAGGUCUGUCUACGGCAGAGAACACAACACAGACACACACACACACACAGACACAGACACACACCAUGGUGUGACCUGAUGUGACCUCCUCUCUCUCUCUCUGGGUGGUUGGUGUGUGUGUGUUUGUGUGUGUGAAUGUAGGCAGUGCCCUCGACCAGUCUGCCGGCCGUCUGCGGAAGACCGGACCGCGUGUGGAGGUGUACCGGCCCCCCUUGCCCAUCGCCUUCGGGUCGUUCCACGCCAAGAUGAUCCUGCUGACGUUCAAUGACCGCAUCCGUGUGUGCAUCCACACGGCCAAUUUCAUCUACCCCGACUGGUGAGCAGGCCCAUGCAAUCAUGUGUGUGUGAAUGGUGAGUGUGGUGUGGUGCGGUGUGGUCGUGUAGGUGGCGGAAGAAUCAGGCCAUCUAUGUGCAGGACUUCCCCCGGAAGCAGCAGCAGCAGGGCAGCCAGCCAUCGACAGACAUGGAAGACAUGGAGGGUGAGAGAUACCAAGCAAAUGCUCCAUGCUCUCUUGUUGUGUGCGUGUUGGUGUGAGUCAGAUCAGUUGGUGGCCUUUCUCCGCGCCACGACCAAGGCGGGCGACUGGUGCGACAAGAUCCGCCAGUUCGACUACUCCACCGCCAUUGGCAAGAUAGUGGCGUCGGUGCCGGUGAGCGUCACAGCCAAACAGAGGGGCCGUGUUUGUAGUCCAUCGGUUGUGCUCUAUGGUGUGAGUUACACGCAGGGCGCUCACAAGGGCUCGGACAUCAACCGGUGGGGCCACAUGCGGCUGCGCGAUGUGCUCAGUAGCCAACCUGACCCCCAGAAUCUGCAGGAGUGAGUGGGAUCCCGUUCACUGUAUCCGUCUCUGUGUGUGUGUAAUGUGUGUGUGUCGUCGUCUUCAGUUUCCAUCUGGUGUGUCAGUUCUCUUCUCUCGGCAGCCUGAGCGACAAGUGGCUGCUGGAGGAAUUUGCCGGUGCGUCAGUGAAUGCGUGUGCGACGCCCACACGGACGGCAUGGCACUCUGCUUCUGUCCGUCUGUCUGUCUGUCUGUCUGUGUCAGGUACGAUGGUGUCUAGCUCUUCCCACCGCCGGCCUGCCCGUCCGAGUGUGCCGAUGCACAUCGUCCUACCCACAGUGCAACAGGUGGGUGCGGGGAGUGUGAGGGAUGGUGAAGUGUCCUGGCUGGCUGCUAUGGGUGUGUGUGUGGACUUCUGUGUGCAGGUGCGGACGUCCAUUGAGGGCUGGGCGGCGGGCAGGUCAGUCAGCAUCGAUAGCAUCAGUCAUUUAGACUCCACCGGAACCAAUAUAAGUGCUGCAUGUCCGUGUGUCUUGCCCUGGAGUUCCAUCCCGAUCCCCAGCAAGAACCUCAAGCCGUUCCUGCAGCCGAUGCUGCACAAGUGGGGCACGCACACCAACACCUCCAGGGCGGGCGCAUCGUCGACGUCGGCCUGUCCCUCCGUCCCCCACCCACCCGGCCGAUCGAACGCCAUGCCGCACAUCAAAACGUUCCUCAAGUAAGGGAGAUACGCACAGACACACACACACACUGACAGCACAGUACAACACACAGCUUAAGCUUCCUCAAUUGGUCCCUACCCGGAUGUGUGCGUGUGUGUGUGUCAGGUAUGGUUAUCGGAAGGAUGACACCGAUCGGUCUCCCGAGCUGGCAUGGGCAUUCCUGGGAAGCCACAACCUCAGCAAGGUGGGCGCAAGCACGACAUCGACGAGGAAGAAAAACUGACCAACGGAGCUCUGUUGGUGUGAUGGCAUGAAGGCCGCGUGGGGCGAGCUACAGAAGAACAACUCUCAGCUGUCCAUCCGGUCAUACGAGCUCGGCGUGGUGGUGUCGCCGUCCACGCUGCAGCAGCUCAGCCCCCUCCUCCCACACCCAUCACUCAUGACGCGGUCGUCCGGGCCAUCUUCAUCCGCCGCCGCCGCAGCAGCAUCACCACCUUCACCGCCAACCGUGCGCUCCUUCCUGUGGCACAAGACAUCCGAUGACACCACCAAUGCGCCGCUUCCCCGUCUCUACCCAGCCACCGCCCGUCCGCCCAAGACACCAUCCGGCUGUCGUGCCAUCGGUGUGCCGGUGCCCUACCCGCUGCCGCCAGUGGCCUAUGUGCAGGUGCGGGAUGAGCCGUGGUGCGUCGAUGGGAAGCAUAGCGGGGUGGACGAUAUGGGACAGACCUGCCCGAGCCAGCUGACCAGGUUCUAUGGCAAUGGGCGGGCGGACUUCUGA